AUGAAUGACAACGGAAACAUUGAGACGAAAAAGGGAACGCAUCAGCAACUUGAUGAAGAUGAGCCGAAAUUCGUGUGGGACGAAAAAUCUACUUUUUUGGACACGCGUUACUCCGACUUUUUCCAACCGGGCAACGAGGAACAAGCAGUCGCCAACGCCGCUUUGAAAGAAACGACUUUAACUGCUUUUUUCAUCUUGAACCGGGAUAAUGAAGAAGCGAGGCAGUAUUUCUACCGAGAGAUUUUCAACCAUUUUGCUUUCGUCAAGGUUUGUGGCCGUAAUUACUGGAAGCGACGAGUUCAAAAUCUCAAAAUCAUUGUCCGAUUGUACACGGUGGGCGUCCGUCAAAUUGAGCGAUUCUGCCUGCGCUUGCUCCUCAUUAACGUCAAAGGACCGACCAGUUUUGAAAAUCUUCGAACAGUCAACGGUGUUGUUUCACCGACGUUUAAAGCAGCCGCCGCUGCCUUAAAUUUGUUGGAAGAUGACAGCGUUUGGGAGAGGACAAUGGACGAUGCGGCCGCCUUUGAAAUUCCAGAACGAUUGCGACAGCUUUUUGUUGACAUUUGUUUGUUUUGCAAUCCUACGGAUGCUCUUUAUCUCUUUGAACGAUCUUUACCUCAGCUAAGGGAAGAUUUUAUUCGCAAUGGUCACGACGCCGAAAAAGCAAAAAACUUGACUUGA